AUGGCGCUUCCCUCGGCUUUCCAGGAGAGGCUCCAGCAGAUGGAGGCUACCAGGAACGAGAGGCUCUCCCUCCUCCAGGUUCUUGCAGCAAAAUUUUCCUUCGUUCUGAGGCGGAAACUCUGGUCAUCUCUCCAGAGAAGGAGAUCAGGGAGCCUAAGGAGGGAUAUCCCCGAUUGUUGGGCUGGCAGGCCGAGAAAGAGCUGCAGAGAAGCAAGUCCCAGAUUCUGUCGGCAAAACUCUCGAAGUUGAGGUGCGCAGAGCGUAGGUGCCUCCUGCUGGAGAGAAGACGAGCCGAGGUGAGGUUCCAGAUCCUUGCCAGGAAGGCCGAGAUCGAGGCUAUUGAAGCCAGGUACCAGAGCUCUACCGAUCUGUUCAGGUGGUCUGCGCUUUCCCAGUUGCUUCUAUGUUUUUCCAACUUCCUGCCUAACUUCCGAGUUGACUGUGGGUUGUUGAUGGUUGGAUCAGAGUCCUGAAGUGCAGGACCAUCGAGCUGGAGGAGAAAGAGAAAACCAUGGACCAAUUUUAUGAGACAAAGACAUCAGAGAUGGGGGAUUUUAAAGAGCUGGUGAGGCGACGUAUCUUGGAUUUUCGUUCGGAGGCGCAGAACUUGAGAGUUGUAGUCUCCGAAGUAAGAUUUAUUUUCUCUUUGUUUUCUCGGCUUCAAAUUAUAUUUCCUUCCAACGAACUCGAAUAUUUUACCGCAAUUUUUUUUGGAAUAGCAUACCUGCUUCUUUGCCAACAUUGGUGAUUCUGCUUGAAAUUGCGAAGGAUGCCAACAUUGAAGUUCUCAUAAUCAUAAAUUGUGGGCCAUCCCAUCCAACGACAGUCAACAUUUGAUGGAUUCAAAAUUUCCCGUUAGGGAGGAUUUACGAGAGACUACCUUCUCUCCUUAAUGACUAUCGGGAAUCGGAAUGAGCAGAAAAAGGCCCUCGCCCUCUGAAUCACCCUUAACUCAACAGGAAGCUAAUUGAUUAGAAAACGCGACAGUGUUACCAUGUUUGACCUAAUUUUUUUCCUUUAUUUUAUUUUUUGAUCAGUGAUUAGCUAAAUAAAUGUCAUGAAUCCGGCGGUGUCAUGAACAAUAUCUCAACGCAUGUAACAAAAUUCUUGUAGCUGCGGUCAACCCUGAAGGAACUCCAAGAACGAGAUGGAUGCGUGAAUAAUCCCGAGCUUGCAGCAGCAGAGAGAAGGAAAGCCGAGCUUUUAACCGUCGAAGAGAGUUUACAGAAAACCCUGGCUUCAAAUAUCCAGUUAAGGUCCUCCUUACAGAAACAGCUUCAAAGAUUACUAUCCUCGGGGGCGGAUGGUGGGCAGACUACUGAAAGUUGA